UUUUCAGAGUAAUGACUUGAUUUCCUACCAUCCUCCAAAGGUGGCCAAUAAUGAUUGUUUGAGUAUCAUUAUGAACUCAUGGAUUCCUUAAAACAUAUCUGAUGUGUUUUAAUCCGUUGUAGUUACUGUUCUUAUUGACACUUAGUUGGCUCACUUUUGCCAGUGGGAGUCUAUUCAAAUUGGCUUCUGAGUCCUGCUUUUGACACAGCCCUUGUGGUCUUUGACAGCUUCCUUGUCUCCGGGCACAAGAAGAUCUCCCAGGCUCAUCUUAAACGUUUCCUACUCCAGACCUGGAAUCAGCUAUUUCUCUAAGGACCUCGAUUCCUUUUAGUGGAAAGUGAUAGAGACCGCAAUCUGGAUAUUAACAACCCAGCAGCUGUUAACAGUUAUUACUUCUAGGCCCUUUAUUGGACAGAGCUAGAAUAUAUAUAUAUGCAUGUGUGUAUUAGAAAGAGAAAAAUAGGUAAUGAGUUUAUACUGAUAUUUUUAAUUUCAAAUUAAAGAUAAUAUCCUUACUUAAAUUUCUUGAUUUUAUGUUUGUAUGUCUUAUGCUGAAAAAUCUUGGGUUCUAAUGACAGUAACAUAAUUACUCAUUUGAUAGGAAACCAAUUUGAUAGGGAAGUAUUUUGGGGGCAGAUUCUUCCGUUUUAUAUCCGGAAUACUCUGUUGAUAAGGUCCUAUGAGUCCUAUAGGGACAGUUUUAAGACUGGCUCAUUUAGAAGCUUUUUUAAGAACUACAUUCUUAUUUGUUUUAACAGUAGAUUAUAUUAAUUUAAAUAGGUACAGCCCACGCUUGAUGGAAAAAAUUCUCCAAAUGGCUGAAGGUAUUGAUAUUGGGGAGAUGCCUUCAUAUGAUCUGAUGCUGUCCAAACCUUCCAAAGGUCAAAAACGCCACCUCUCAACAUGUGAUGGUCAAAAUCCUCCUAAAAAGCAAGCCGGUUCCAAAUUCCAUGCGAGACCUCGUUUUGAGCCUGUACAUUUUGUAGCUAGUAGUUCAAAAGAUGAAAGACAGGAAGAUCCUUGUGGCCCUCAAACAAAAGAGGUAAAUGAACAAACACAUUUUGCCAGCAUGCCAAGAGACAUCUACCAAGAUUAUACUCAAGACUCUUUCAGUAUACAAGAUGGGAAUUCUCAGUAUUGUGAUUCGUCAGGAUUUAUUUUCACAAAAGACCAGCCUGUAACAGCCAACAUGUAUUUUGACAGUGGAAACCCUGCCCCAAGCAGCACAUCACAGCAGGCAAACUCUCAGUCAGCUCCCGAGCCUUCACCAUCACAGACAUUUCCUGAGUCACUGGUAGCCGAGAAGCAGUAUUUUAUUGAAAAAUUAACAGCGACUAUCUGGAAGAACCUUUCUAAUCCAGAGAUGACUUCUGGAUCUGAUAAAAUUAAUUAUACAUAUAUGUUAACUCGUUGUAUUCAGGCAUGUAAGACAAAUCCUGAGUAUAUAUACACCCCUCUGAAAGAAAUCCCUCCUGCUGACAUCCCCAAAAAUAAAAAACUUCUAAUAGAUGGCUACGCUUGUGAAGUUAGAUGCCAAAAUAUCUACUUAACUACAGGUUAUGCUGGCAGCAAGAAUGGGUCCAGGGAUCGAGCUACUGAACUAGCUAUAAAACUCUUGCAGAAACGCAUUGAAGUUAGAGUUGUCCGACGGAAAUUCAAGCACACAAUUGGAGAGGACCUUGUGGUGUGUCAGAUUGGCAUGCCUUCUUAUGACUUUCCUCCAGCUCUGAAACCACAGGAAGAGCUGGUGGUGCUGGCUAAAGAUGCUUGUGGGCAGCCGAUAUUUAAUGCUUCUGCCAAACACUGGACCAAUUUUGUCCUGACGGAAAAUGCAAACGAUGCAAUUGGCAUCCUUAACAAUUCUGCCUCGUACAACAAGAUGUCAGUUGAAUACAAAUAUGAGAUGAUGCCAAAUCGCACAUGGCGUUGUCGGGUGUUUUUGCAAGAUCAUUGCUUAGCCGAAGGUUAUGGAACCAAAAAAACAAGUAAACACGCAGCUGCUGAUGAGGCUUUAAAGAUUCUUCAAAAAACACAACCCACUUACCCAUCUGUCAAAAGUUCACAAUGCCAAACAGGCUCUUCACCCAAGGGAUCUGGAAAGAAGAAAGACAUAAAGGAUCUUGUGGUUUAUGAGAAUUCUUCAAAUCCUGUGUGCACACUGAACGACACGGCUCAGUUUAACCGGAUGACAGUUGAAUACGUCUAUGAGAGAAUGACAGGCCUCCGGUGGAAAUGCAAGGUAAUUCUAGAGAGUGAAGUAAUUGCUGAAGCGGUUGGAGUGAAGAAAACUGUCAAGUAUGAAGCUGCUGGGGAAGCUGUGAAAACCCUCAAAAAGACCCAGCCGACUGUCAUUAACAACUUGAAGAAAGGAGCUAUUGAAGAUGUGAUUUCCAGAAAUGAAAUUCAGGGCCGCUCAGCAGAGGAGGCUUACAAACAACAAAUCAGAGAAGAUAACAUUGGAAAUCAGCUGCUGAGGAAGAUGGGUUGGACUGGGGGUGGGCUAGGUAAAUCUGGUGAGGGCAUUCGGGAGCCUAUCUCAGUCAAAGAGCAGCAUAAGCGAGAAGGGCUUGGUCUUGACGUAGAGAGAGUGAAUAAAAUUGCCAAGCGAGAUAUUGAACAGAUCAUCAGAAACUACGCCCGCUCCGAGAGCCACUCGGAUUUGACUUUCUCUACAGAGCUGACUAAUGAUGAGCGGAAGCAAAUACACCAGAUUGCCCAGAAGUAUGGCCUUAAGAGUAAGUCUCAUGGGGUGGGCCAUGAUAGGUACCUGGUGGUAGGUAGAAAAAGGCGGAAGGAAGACCUACUCGAUCAGCUCAAACAGGAAGGCCAGGUGGGGCAUUACGAGCUUGUAAUGCCUCAAGCAAAUUGAGUUCUUACUAAUUUAUUUUGUAAAUGCCUAAUGGGGCAGAUUUAUGAAUUAAACUAAAGAGAUGCUACAUUUUCUGGUUGCAGAGUAUAUUCAUUCUUCAGAUGUUUCACCUUGUUCAUUUCAUAUAGUGCUUUAUUGGAUUUUGGAACCUGGAGAAUUCUGUCCACUUGUAUUAGCUUAAUCCAGAAGAUGAUAUUGUGCAGUUACUGUUUGUGUCUUUGAUAUUGCUGUGUCCCUUGGAUUUUAGCAGUUUGUAUAAGCAAGAACACAUAUCCAAAUGGAAUUUUACUCUGAGAAAGAAAUUCUCAUUUUAAAGGGCAUAGCACAGCAAUCUGCAACAAUAUGUAAAGUUGAUAUUGACUACAGUAAAACUAUAGUCUUACUUCCAGAAUUAUGGAACUGUCAAAUCAUUUUGUAUUAUCUCUUUUCAUCUUUGUGUGAAGCUAGCUAUAGAAUGUUUAACAGUAAAUUGUGCUGUACAUGUAAAUGUCCUUACCAACUAAAUGAUGUAAAACUUUCUUAAAGUAAUUUUAGUGUUCAUUUAUUUAUAACUUCUACCAUGUGAUUUCCAGAAUAUUGGGAGUGAUUUACUGUAUCUUGUGAUAUAUGGGUUUUAACAAAUUUUAGUCUUCAUGCUGAGAGAGCACUACUUGAGAGAGCAAUGAAAGGAUUCAAAAACGGUUUGAUUCAAUCCGAAGAAAGGAAGCUUGAACUGUUUGUUCUUGGUGCCUUGCAGAGAGACUCACAGCGACUCUCCAUUAUAGCUUUCACAGGGUUUGGAUGUGCAGCACAUCCAAAGCAACCGAACUACAGCUGUGGUAGAGCUUGAUGUAAAAGACUGAAGAGACAUUGGUGCUUUGAUGAAAAGGUCAGUUGGCUGGUCCCUCUCUCAAAAAGCUUAUUAAGCUUCAAAAGCCAACUUUGUAACAUAUUUAAAACUGCUAUUUUCGCUUAUUUCUGGAAUGUAAAAAAAAUGUAUAAAAAGAAUUAGUGUAUGCUUCCUGAAUAAAAGGAGCCCAAGUUGA